AUAAUUAAGUCAAUAUUAAAUCAUAUAGCAUGCGCAAAUAAUGAACACUGAUAUCAGAAACUAAACAAAAUCAAGAAAUGUGUGUGGACGGAGAUCAUCCUCUGGUGACUUGCAAGGUCAGCUGUCAGAUGCCUUGAAGCUUAGUCUGAAGCCGAACGAGAGAGUGCCCCUGCCAACGCCACUGCCAACGCCCCUGCCAACAUGAGUACCAACGAGAAGGUCGAGCAACUGCCCGUCCCGUGCAUGCUGCUGGGGGAGGGCCCGCACUGGCUCGAGGACCUGCAAGCCAUCCUCUACGUGGACGUCUUCAGCAAGGCCCUCCGGCGCCACUUCGUCGACACCGGCAGGCAUCAGGUCCUCACGCUAGACGACGGCGGCGCGGCGGAGGUGGUGAGCGCCGUCAUCCCGAUAGCGGGCGAGCCGGACCUCUACCUCGUCGCCCUCGGGAAGAACCUGUCGGUGGUUCGCUGGUCGACGUCUGACCCCGACCAGCACACAGCGACCCCGAAGGUCAUCCAGACGACCACCGACGACCACUUCAACGACGCCAAGUGCGACCCUCGAGGACGACUCUGGGCUGGUACCAUGGGCCCUCUGGAUGAACAGGGAGAAUUGGCGGAAUUCAAUAAUUCGUCCCUCUUUAAGUUGGACCACGAUCUGGUCUUUACUGACUGGGUUAAGAAGGUGUCGAUCUCCAACGGCCUGGCCUGGAGUCACAGCAAGAAAAUUUUCUACUACAUCGAUUCCCCCGCUAAGACCGUGUACGUGUUCGAUUACGACGACGAGGCUGGAUCUAUCAGUAACCAACGCGUCCUGCUGGACUACGAGAGCGCCGGCCUCAAGGACCAAGUGCCGGACGGAAUGACCAUUGACGUGGACGGCAACUUGUGGGUCGCUUGCUUCGGAGGCAGCCAGGUAAUUUGCGUGGACCCGAAGGCAGGCAAAGUCAUCAAGCAGGUCCCUAUCCCCUCGAAGAACGUGACCUCGGUAUGCUGGGGGGGAGCUGAUUACUCCACGCUCUACGUCACUUCAGGAACCCUCAAGAUGUCCAAGGAGGAGGUGGCUGCUAACCCUUCCUCCGGAGGUACCUUCGCCGUUUCGGGCCUGGGCACGAAGGGCCUCCCGCCUGUCGCCUUCAAGGUCGACCUCGAGAAGCUCCGGGCAAAGAUGGCUGCGUGAAGGCCUCCUCCAAGAUAUCCGAGGCAGUAGUCUCCGCUCCGAUCCAGUUCCUUUACUGUUCACACAUAUAUUUAUCGCGUAUGUCAAUCAGUGCCAAAAAAGGUUAACAUUAUUAGCAUGAACAUCAUUAAGUAAAACAGAUUCACAUCAGUGACAGAGGUGAAGAUAUCGUCGACUUAUUAUAAUCUGGAUUAAGUCUAUCACUUUUGUCUCAUCUUAUAAAUGCUUUAAGCUGUAUUUUAUUUCCCAUAAAACUUGAGCAAAUUCUUCCUUUUAUCUACAUCCAUUUAUGUUUUGUAUAAGUUCAUCCAAGUGAACAUCAUUAUAAUUGCCAUCAGAGACUCGUGCAUACAGUAUUUACUGUAAGGAUUUCAGAGUCGAAUAUCAAGAUACCUGUAUAUGCACAUCGUAUCUUAAAUGUAUAAUGGUUAAUAUUUAAAACAAAUAAAUGUGCUUAAAUAAA